AUGUCGUUGCGUUCGCCUUAUCGGAAUGGUGCAUACACUGACAACGCUGAUGCGGGACAUGACCAACGGGAUGCUGCGUCGCCUUCUAGCACAAGGCCAACGAAUACAUGGUUUGCCUCUGGCUUCGAUGCCAUGGAGAAGUACCUGGAGCCCUUUCGCAAGGACUUCGCGAGUAGGUGUUUGGAAAUCCAAGAGGGCGUUACUAGAGCCCUGCACCAGCAAACCAAAGCUAUGCGGAACACUAUCCAAGACCACAAAGCUAUGAUCGACCGUGUUCAUACCAACGUCGCCGCUUUGAACAACGGUAUCAUAACCCUGACAGAAUGUUACAAAAAUCUGCUCACGAGAUGGGAGAGCCUGGAGUCGAGGGUCAAGAGCAAUGAAAAUGUCCUUCUAGCGCCCGCCAGCCCGCAUAGCCCGGAUGGAAAUGAAAAUCCCACCACCCUCGAUACAUGUGCCACUGAAGCGCCGUCGAUCCAAGACCGGCCUGCACUGACGAAAUUCGAAUACGCGUACAAGACGGCAAGGAUGCAUGGCAAAGUGCUGCGGGAGCACAGCGACUCGCUCAAGACAUUCUGGCGGCUGUUGAAGAGCAACGCAGAGGAGCUGACGGAGCUGAAGACGCAUCAUGCGGCAGAAACGACGGCUUUGGGGCGAACAAUCGAGCGGUUGACGGAGAAUACGCGUGGCAAUGUCGAUGCAAUUAAGAUGGAGGCGUUGGAGCACCGCGUCUCGCAACUGGAGAGGGAGAAGAAAAACCUAGCCGACUCGAUUCGACCCCUGAGCGAGCAAUUCGCGGGUUUUAGAGUAGCGACAGAGCAACGCAUCAGUGUGCUUGAAAGCACCCACAAGACCUCCAUACACACCCUCCAGCAACGCCUUCUCCACCUCGAGCAAGAAAACACAACUUCCAGCGCCGAAACUGCGGCCCUCACAUCCGGUCACAUAGUACUCCACUCCAUGCUCGACGCCCUGUCCCCAUCUUCCCCGGACUCCAUCAUUAAACGCCUGGCUGAACUCGAGGCACAGGCCUCCUCCGCAUCCACAAACAAGGACCUGGCAGCCUUCCGCUCCGACCUCGAGAUCCUGCAGAUCCGCAGCGAGAGCUCCGGCACCGUGAUCGAGUAUCUGCGCCGCAAUAUGGAAAGGCUGACAAAAAAGAUUCUGACACAUGCCACCGCAGCACAGUUUGCUAAGCCCGACACAGAGGACCUGGCGAGGCAGAGGGUGGGGCUGCCCCAGACGUUCUCGCCAUGUACGAAUGAUUAG